AUCGACGACGACAAACAGCAAGAGCAAGCAAGAGAGGACGACAUGGCGGCGCCACGGAGCCUGGCGGACCGCGCGCUGCGCGGCGUGGCGGACCUGAUAAAGCUGCUCCCGAGCGGCACGGUGUUCCUGUUCCAGUUCCUGAGCCCGCUGGCGAGCAACAACGGGCACUGCGCCACGCUGAACAAGGCGCUGAGCGGGGCGCUGGUGGCGCUGUGCGGCGCCUCCUGCGCCUUCUCCUGCUUCACCGACAGCUACGUGGGCGCGGACGGGCGCGUGUACUACGGCGUGGUGACGCGGCGGGGCCUGCGCACCUUCACGCCCGACCCGGACGCCGCCGCCCGGGACCUGUCGGCGUACCGCCUCCGCGCCGGCGACUUCGCGCACGCCGCGCUCUCGCUGCUCGUCUUCGCCACCCUCGCGCUCCUCGACGCCGACACCGUCGCCUGCCUCUACCCGGCGCUGGAGCUCGCCGAGCCCACCAUGAUGGCCGUGCUCCCGCCCGUCGUCGGCGCCGUCGCGGGCUACGUCUUCAUGGUGUUCCCCAACAACCGGCACGGCGUCGGGUACCAGCCCACGCCCGCCACCGAGGACUUCCAGCACAAAUACUAGCCAGCCGGUUCGUCGUCGUUGCAGAGUACUGUACUGCGCGUGUGUCUUUGAUUGUCUGUCUGUCUGAUUCAUUCAUUUGCUUGGUGGUGUGGGGGUGCCGUCUUUGUACGUCGUCUCUGCUUGUUCAUUCGGGCUUUCAUUAACUUACGGAAUCAGGUCUGUAAUAA